CCAGAUGCCCCGGUCGCCGUCGGCAGCUCCUCCGGAGAACGACCGAGCUGCCGCCGUCCUGUCACCCAAUCUCAUGUCCCGCUCUGCAAGGGCCGCCGCACGUCGCCAUCUCGGCCGAUCGGGCUCGCGUGAUGCGUGGGCGCUUCGUGCCCUACUCCAUCCGAAGCCGCAAGCCGCAAGGUUAAAGCAGCAAGAGAGACACGAGGCAUCUUUCGGGUACAUGGUGAAAUGGUUAAACCAUGCAUCACCCAGCCGAGGCGUCAUCAAUGCUUCAGUCCCUCUUGGUUACACUGACAUGCAAGGAAGGUAGCCACACUUGCUGCCGCCGUUGGUCCAUUGGCCAUGGGCAACAAGAAGGACCCACCGUCGGUGGCACGGUGAGACAUGUAGGCCACGGAGUCUCCUCUCCAUGCCAUUACGUUUGCUGAAACGUUGCCUUCCGAAGACGCUUCUACAUUUCUCCCCUUCACUUUCUCCUCUCCGCGCUCUAUAAGUCCUGUACUUGACUCCCCCCCCCCCCGACGGAGGAGAGAGAAAGAAGAAGGUUUAUGCCCGUGGAGAUGUCGAGCCGGAGGUCGUCGUCGAGGAUCAGCGACGAGGAGAUCAGUGAGCUCAUCUCCAAGUUGCAGUCUCUGCUCCCGGAGUCUCGCCGCAGGAGCACGAGCAGGGCGUCGGCGGCCAAGUUGCUGAAGGAGACGUGCAGCUACAUCAAGAGCUUGCACCGCGAGGUGGACGACCUCAGCGACCGGCUCUCCGACCUGAUGUCGACUAUGGACUCCGGCAGCCCUCAGGCCGAGAUCAUCAGGAGCAUCCUCAGGUCCUAGGUUGAUCUGUAGUCCACUAGUAUUCUCGUACCAUUCCACGGACGAGACCCUCUCGCAGAAGGCUCGGUUGUUUGCAUCAGCAUAUGUUACAUGUAUUAUUAGCAAGAGAAAUCCUACUACUGCUUGAUGAUGCCAAAA